AUGCCCGGCGCGUAUUUCGAAGAUCCAUACUCGAAGCUGGACCGAUAUUUCCAGGCGCCGCCUUCCCUCAAAGCCCACAAGCUAUUGCCUCGCAACAGGCAUGAUGCGCACAUGGUGUUCCCGGCCGGCGCACCUGUGAGGUACAACUCCUUCGACGGCGAUGAAACGUCGACGCAGCAUAGCGCAACCGAUCAAACGCCUCUCGCAUCGCCAGCACUGAUGAAUGGAACGGACCCUGGCUUACCGCCAACACCACCGACGAAUUCGCUUGAAGCCAGCGCCCAUGUAGACUUUGCGAUGUCAGCACCGACGGACAACGCAACACCAUCAAACCCGAACAAAAGCCCUUCAAUCAGCACACCCGUAAACCAAUGGAGCCCUCCAACGCCAGAUCCAAGCCCUCCUCGAACCGGCGAGUCUCUUGCUCCUCCGGAGCGACCGCCCUUCAACGACUACCCAUCCUCGUCCCGCGCAGAAUCUUUUAGAACAGCAAAAGAGGACCAGUAUUCCUCAGACGGAGAGAGCAGCCGGCGGCAGAUGGCAUCGGACGAUUCGCCAGUGAACACAUACUUGAACGCCACAAGGUCCCUGAGACUGCGUACUCUGGGACUUGGGCUGGGGUUCGACCAGAGCGACGGUGAUGCGACGCCGACUGAACGCGGUCGCUCAGCGCCUCAGAGUGGGAAGAAAGACUCAGAGUUGGAUACGGCGUGGCAAUAUCGACCAAGUGGUUCGGAGCACAUACCCGACAGAGAGUGGGACACAAAUCUCAUGAGGAAUGUGACGGUCCGAAGGAGGCGACCACUCAGAGCGUCGCCACAACACAACGCGUCAAAUCACGAAGCUACCUCGCCUGAAGCAGCCAUGCCAGCAUCGCCGAGCGUACGAGAUAAAGCAAAAGAGAGAGACUUGCACUCGGCGUCUUUUGAAAAGUUCGCCGAUGACAUCGGCUGGCCGGCAGAAGUCAACCGGGUGCUGAGCCUCCACCUUCGCGACAGGGACUCCAAGCGGCUAUCUAGUGUUUCAACAACAUCGACUGUCGUUGAAGCCGUGGUCAUAGAUUCUCCACCGCAACAGCUUCCAGCUUUACGCCACGCGAAGAAGAAUCUAGCUUUGCGGAGAGACGCAGAAUCGCCAGUCGAGCGCUCAUCAACAGUCCGCUCCAACCGGAAUUCCUUAAACUCAGAUGACGUACCUCUACAUCGACUAGUGCACAAGAAACCCAGAAUACCAGAUAGAAGGAACAGAGACAGUGUUGGCUCGGACAUAGCUGCGAGCGAGACGUCGUCGCUCCCGACUGUUCCUUUGCGGCAUCAUCGCCAAAGCAUACAGUCGCGCUCGGCUAUACCUUCAGACGGUCCCGGCCGCUUCUUCGACUCACCGCCGAAACGCAUUACCACAAGUCCUCUUGCACCAUCUUCUCCAGCUAGUCUCAGUCGCGAAAGGCGAAACUUUACGGAGCCAGGACCCUACCGUUCCCAUGUCGACCCAGCUCCGCUUGUAUCGGAAUUUCGGCAUUACGUCCGCCAGCCAUCCCCACCUCCUCCUGACACACAGGAGAGCUCCGUUGUCUACAAUGCAUCACCGAUAGCACCACAGCAUCACCCUGCGCAUGUAGAGCUUCCAGAGCCAGCACUCCAGGAAGCAAGGCCGAAACCUGCAGCCGUACCUGUAGAGCCGCGUCCCUCUGUUGACCAUCGUGAAAAUGACCGGCCACGCGUAAGUUUUGACCACACGGCCUCCGACCAUGGCCGGCCAAGCGUCACAUCCCUCGACCGUGUCCCCACAGAAGAGCUGCACCGCCCAAGCGCCGAACUCUCGCCCUCGUUCCGGCGUAUCUCUCUCGACCGCAGCACUGUCCGGACCGAAGAACACGCCAUGGCGCGCCAUGUCUACACCUCCUCCACCCCCUUCAGUCAGAUCUCCGACCUCCACGACCUGGAAGUCAGUGAAGCAACAGCCGUCAGCAUCUUCCCGCACAACAACCACUCUUUGCUUGUUGUCCAGCAAGUCGCGAAACCCUCCGCCUCCGGCUCCAACUCCAACUCCACCUCCCUCAGCCACCACAACACCCACUACCCCUCCUCCCAGCCCUCCACCGAACUAAUCGGCCGCACCGAACCAAGCGGCCAACAACUCCUCGACGGGCCUCUCCUCACAAUCGAGCCCUCGACGCCACCAGACCGCAGCACCGAGAUUUUCGCCGUCGACAGCCCGCUCAAGAACCCGCGCAAGCCGCCUCCGCCGCCUGCAUUCAAAAUCAUCCCGCCUACGCCGGCUGAUGAGCUGGACCGCCAACUCGCUGCCCCUCUGCCGUCGUCCCGUGACCGCUCGCGCUCACCGAAUAGAACAGUGUCUGGCCCCCCGGUCGCGAGGCGCCUGAGCGUCCUACAGCGCGCACGACGGUACAGCGAUACUUUCAUUGCACCUCUACUCAGCCGAAACGGAUCGCUGUCGAACCGGUGGAGCGCUGUCACCGCUUCGGGAUCCCGGAAUGGUAAAGCGGUGCGCCGAGUUCCGUCGGUGGGGGACGAGGGCCAGGAUCCGAGGGGGAAUAAACUGCAUCCGUUCUGGCGCCCGCGCGGCUUCUGGGACGAUUUCAGCGACGACAGCGAGGAGGACUUUUUUGAUGAGGGCCGGCCUGACCCACACCAUGACGGUGCCAACGGCGGUAGUGGCGGGGACAGACUCCCCGAGGGCGGCGACACCUCCUCAAUCCCCUCGGUCGCUGAGGAGGGAGAUGUCCCCCGCCUGAAGCGUGUCGGCAGGCGUCUAACGGACGGCUUCAAAGGGAGCGGCGGUUUCUUGAUCGGGAAUAGUCUGGGCAUCGAGCGCGGGCCGACGAAUGGGAGGAGGCAUUAUGUUAGUUUGCCGCUUGGUGUCUCCGGAGGCGGGCGGGCACGUGACUUUGGGAUUGGUGGCCGGGGCGAGCCGGUGGGUCGGGUGGUCAAGAGGUCGAGCACGGGAUCACUGAGGACGGGGAGUCUGACGGCCUUGCAUGCGGGUGAGAGUGCGGGAAGGCGGAGUCCAAAGGCCGUGAGUGGUCCUGCUGGGAGCGCGGGUCGAGGGGAGGGGGGAUAUAAGAACAUGAGCAGGGAGGGGCGGAAGAGGGAGUGGAGGCUUCCAGGCACGGAUCGGAGGCUGCGGUAUGUUGGUCUGGGCGGCCUGAAGGAUAUGAUGAAGGAGAAGAAGGCGGAGAAGAGGCGGGAGGAGCUGAGGAGGAGUAUUGGGAGGAGGUGGAUGCUUGAGGGGCCGAAGAUUGGGUGA